AUCAGACCCCCAAUUUCGUCACCAAACAGGCCCCUUCCCAAUAUAUAUAUCCAUCAACAUAUGUACCUGUCAAAUACUCAUAUUUUACACUUCUGAAGUUCUUUGGUACUGUUUGGACUCAUCCAGUAAAUACUCUGAAUAGGCUUUCAUGGCUCUCCAGGCUGCUGCUUUGUUUCCCUCUGCUUUUGCAAUCCCCAAAGAGGGGAGGAACAGCGCAUCAUUGAAAGACUCCAGUCUACUUGGAGUUUCACUUUCAGACCACAUUAAAGCUGACUUCAGCUCUUCUGCAUUAAGGAUCAGGAGGGAAUUCAGCCAAAGAAAACAACAUUUUGCAGUAGUAAGGGGCCAGGUGGUAACAGCAGCUCCAGCAGUUAACCAGGCCACGCCCGGAGGGAAGAAAACCAUAAGAAAGGGCAGUGUUGUGAUCACUGGAGCCUCUUCUGGGUUGGGGCUGGCCACAGCUAAGGCAUUGGCUGAAACAGGCAAAUGGCACAUAAUCAUGGCCUGCAGGGACUUCCUCAAGACCGAAAGAGCUGCCAAGGCGGCCGGCAUUGCCAAGGAAAACUACACAGUAAUGCAUUUAGACCUUGCCUCACUUGACAGUGUCCGGCAGUUUGUUGAUAACUUCAGGCGAUCGGAUCGGCCGCUUGAUGUUCUGGUCUGCAAUGCAGCUGUCUACUUACCAACUGCCAGGGAGCCUACAUUUACAGCUGAGGGAUUUGAGCUCAGUGUUGGGACUAACCAUCUUGGGCACUUCCUCCUGUCAAGGUUGCUACUUGAUGACUUGAACCAAUCUGAUUACCCUUCAAAACGACUCAUAAUUGUCGGAUCCAUUACAGGGAACACCAAUACCUUGGCUGGGAAUGUACCUCCAAANGAUACUAUAGUUUGUGUUGCUGCUUUUAAUAUAUCUCAGGGAACACCAAUACCUUGGCUGGGAAUGUACCUCCAAAGGCGAACCUUGGGGAUUUGA